GCCUCUCAUUGGCCCGCUCGCGCGUCAGUCAGAGCGCGGUCCCGUUGCACAUGGAGGGAAGGAAGCCACGUUGACAUCAAUUAGUGUUUUUACGGCUUGAUAAACUAGAACACCGAACCGAAUCUUCCGUUCACCGCGAGUCUCGGCGGAGGUGUGUGUUCAUCUUCAGGAUGAGCGUGGGCUUCAUCGGAGCGGGUCAGCUGGCACAUGCCCUGGUCAAGGGCUUCACGGCGGCGGGAGUGAUCGCUGCCAACAGAAUCACAGCGAGUUCACCAGACACAGAUCUGCCCACGGUCUCCGGACUACGGAAAAUGGGCGUCAAUCUCACUACGAGCAACAAAGAAGCGACACACAAGAGCGACGUUCUGUUCCUGGCCGUCAAACCUCACAUCAUCCCGUUCGUUCUGGACGAGAUCGGCCCGGACAUCGAGGACCGGCACCUGAUCGUCUCCUGCGCCGCCGGAGUCACCAUCAGCUCCAUCGAGAAGAAGCUGCUCCAGCACCGCUCUGCUCCUAAAGUGAUGCGGUGUAUGACGAACACUCCGGUGGUGGUGCGUGAGGGAGCGACGGUGUACGCUACAGGGACUCACGCAGACCUGGAGGACGGGAAGCUCCUGGAGCAGCUGAUGGCCAGCGUGGGCUUCUGCACCGAGGUUGAGGAGGACCUGAUUGAUGCCGUGACGGGCCUCAGCGGCAGCGGACCGGCUUAUGCGUUCACGGCUCUGGAUGCUCUCGCUGACGGUGGGGUGAAGAUGGGGUUGCCACGGCGACUGGCGGUCAGACUGGGAGCUCAGGCUUUACUGGGAGCAGCUAAGAUGCUUCUGGACUCGGAGCAGCACCCGGGUCAGCUGAAGGAUAACGUCUGCUCACCAGGGGGCGCUACCAUCCACGCCCUGCACUUCCUGGAGAGCGGAGGCUUCCGGAGUCUGCUCAUCAACGCCGUGGAGGCCUCCUGCAUCAGGACCAGAGAGCUGCAGUUUCUGGCCGAUCAGGAGCAGAUCUCUCCGGCCGCCAUCAAGAAGACGACGCUGGAUAAAGUGCUUCAGCAGCCGGGCGUCUCGUCCUCGUCAGUCUCCACCAAGAGCAGAGUCAACCUGUUCAACAACAGGAGCGGUGUCAAGAAGUGAACACACACACACACACAGGACAAUACAAGAACUGCUGUCCGUCCAUACACACACACACACACACACACACGCACAUUCAGAUUGAAAUGCAUUAUGGGUCUGUGCGUGUGCUUAAAGAGCGCCUCCUGUUACACUGGUACAGUAUUACACAGAGAAAGUCAUAAAGAGUGUUAUUAACAUUAUUAUUUGCACCUUCAUAAGUCCGUGAUAAUUCAAAGGGAAUAAUUGAAAUGGUUUCCAAACAGGUUUUUGUGUAAAUGGUUACUUUGUUCUAGGAUUAAUCUGAACACGCGACACACUUUUUGCAUACUUGAACUGUCAGACUUGUUGAUUUUGUAUUUGGUUAACAAUAUAUCAAAACCACCUAUAGCAACCUAUUCUAUCAGGGUGUAUUGCAGAUCCGUUUCAUAAAACAAGUUUACUGAAUAAGACUUACUUUGAAUCACAUCAACUGACAAUAAGUCAGACUAACUGAAAUAAGCCUGUCUUAGUUUUAUGAAGUAGGGUCCCACACACUCUUAUAUAUUUGUUGUUUGUUCUUUUUUAAAAUUCUGGUGAAAUAUAAUGAAUGUCAAGCAGCCAAAGUGUUUUGUAAGCCGAUUAUCAGGCGUGAAGCAUCUUUCUGUUUGUCUGUUCUGUGUAUUUCUAUUGCAGAAAUAUGAAAACUGCAUAAACGAACGCUUGGAGUUAAAGAAAA